GCUUACGAGUUUCACUGGUAGUGUGUGCAGUGCUCACAUCGUUUCAAAUAGAACGAAGUAAUUCUGACGGCUCUAAAGUUUCAUUUUUGAUUUUUUAGUGAUUAUUGUUUCUGUUUACCUUCUUUUAAUCAGAAUUUUAUGGUGAAUUUACUGAUUUUUCAUUUUCUUCGUCACCAGAAUUCAUGCGACGACAAAAUGGCGUCGCUUGACAAGAUAUUACUGCAAAAUAGUUUUUCAGAUUUUAUUAGGUUUUCUUAAAAAUAUGUCUAAAAAUAUCACCACAGGUGUUUUAUUACGUUUUUUCUCAAUGAAAUUCUUAACUUUGGUUAAUUUUAUUUGUUAAUUAUAUAAGAAACGCCGUAUUCGCUGAAUUUUCUACAAAAUGCUCUUGAAAGGAUCUAUGACUGAAUCAGGGAGUGAAUCUACUAGUGAGAAGGGUGAAAAGAGUGAUUCCAGUGGCUCGGGCUCAGGCAGUGAUAGUGACAGUGGAUCAAGUUCAUCAGGUUCAGGGUCUGGGGGAAGGUCAGGGUCAGAAAAGUCUUCUAUUGCUAACAGAUCACAUCACAGUGAUGAUAGCAAGUCUUCACCAAAACACAGUAACCCAAAUUCUCCUAAAUCUGAUCAUCACACUGACAAAGAAACUAGUGAUGAUGAUUCACCACCAAAACCCAGAUCUAGAAACAGUCAUGGCAGGGUUAAAUCAGAUCUUUGGGAAGAAAAUCCAGACAUUUAUGGCAUUCGGAGGUCUGCAAGAUCUCGUAAGGAACCUGAUCGUCUAAAAUUAGCAGAUAGUGAUUCCAGUGAACGAGGAAGAAGUAACCAUAGGAAGAAUAGAAAGAAAAGUGAUUCAUGGAACUCAAACACAUCAGAUAGUGAUAGUGAUAUGAAAGGCUCACCACCACCGCCUUCUAAAAGACCAGGCCAAAGAAGUGUACCUCUAAGAAAAAAGAAACCAGCAAGGAGAAGAAGAUUUACAAGUGAAGAGGAUGAAAGCACAGAAGCAUCUGAUGAGGACACAAAGAGCAGAACAGCUACAAGACGUACAGGUGCUGCAGUCAGCUAUAAGGAAGCUAGUGAUGAACAAACUGAUUCUUCAGAUCUCCUGGAGGUUGAAGGGGGUGAGGGUGAUCCUGAUGCUGAACCAGAACCUGAAGAUCACAGUGAAACCAUUGAAAAAGUUCUAGGAAACAGACGUGGAAAGAAAGGAGUCACUGGCAAUGUGACAACAGUGUAUUAUAUAGAAGAACAUGGAGAUCCAAAUGAAGGAUGUGAUCCUAAUGACGAAGAGUCAACAGAACCUCAAUACCUGAUCAAAUGGAAGGGAUGGUCACAUAUUCAUAAUACUUGGGAGUCUGAAACAUCACUUAAUGAACAAAAAGUAAAAGGCCUUAAGAAGUUAGAAAAUUAUAUAAAGAAAGAAGCUGAACUGUCAUGGUGGAGACAACAGGCAGGUCCAGAGGAUAUUGAUUAUUAUGAGUGUCAAUCAGAAUUGCAACAGGAAUUGAUAAAAACUUACAAUAAUGUAGAAAGGAUAAUAGCUGAACAAAGAAGAGAACUAGAAACUGGAGGAGUUGCCCAUGAAUAUUUCUGUAAGUGGGAGUCUCUAUCCUAUGCAGAGGCAACUUGGGAAGAUUCUGCAUUGAUAGAACGAAGGUGGCCAGAAAAAGUAGAAAACUUUAAAUAUAGAGAGGCUGCGAAGUCUACACCAUCAAGACAUUGUCCAGUCUUAAGAAGGCGGCCUAAGUUCCAUCAAGUUAAAGAACAGCCUGAGUACAUUGGGAAGGAUAAGACCUAUGAAUUAAGGGAUUAUCAAAUGGAUGGAUUGAAUUGGUUAAUACAUUCCUGGUGUAAAGACAACUCUGUCAUACUAGCUGAUGAAAUGGGCUUAGGUAAAACUAUACAGACAAUAUGCUUUCUGUACUACCUCUUCAAGUCUCAACAACUAUAUGGACCAUUCCUAUGUGUUGUGCCUCUUAGUACAAUGACUGCCUGGCAAAGGGAGUUUCAGCAGUGGGCGCCAGACAUUAAUGUUGUCACAUAUAUUGGAGAUGUAGACAGUAGAAAUAUAAUUAGACAGUUUGAAUGGAGUUUUGAAAGUUCUAAAAGGUUAAAAUUUAAUGCUAUAUUAACAACUUACGAAAUUUUACUCAAGGAUAGACAAUUCCUAAGAUCAUUUAGUUGGGCAUGUUUAUUAGUUGAUGAAGCCCACAGGCUAAAAAACGAUGAUUCUUUGCUAUAUAAAGCUUUGAAGGAGUUUGAUACAAAUCAUCGACUGUUAGUAACGGGUACUCCAUUGCAAAAUUCAUUGAAGGAAUUAUGGGCCUUAUUACAUUUUAUUAUGCCUUAUAAGUUUGAAACAUGGGAAGAUUUUGAAAAAGAUCAUGAAGAUGCUGCCAUCAAGGGUUAUGAAAAGUUGCAUAAACAGUUGGAACCAUUCAUAUUUCGAAGGCAGAAGAAGGAUGUCGAAAAAUCAUUGCCUGCAAAAGUAGAACAAAUAUUAAGGGUAGAAAUGACAUCAAUUCAGAAGCAAUACUAUAAAUGGAUUUUGACCAAAAACUAUACUGCGUUACGGAAAGGUGUUAAAGGGUCUAUCAAUACAUUUAUAAACAUUGUUAUUGAGUUGAAAAAGUGUUGCAAUCAUGCACUUUUGACUAAACCAGAAGAUUUUGAAACAAGAGCUUCUCUCGCAACGACAGAUGCCGUAGAGAAACUUUUACGAGGCUCAGGAAAAUUACUUCUACUUGACAAGCUUCUGUGUAGGCUCAAAGAGACUGGGCACAGAGUUCUUAUAUUCUCUCAGAUGGUGCGAAUGUUAGAUAUAUUAGCAGAAUACUUGCAGAGAAAGCAUUUUCCUUUCCAACGUUUGGAUGGUAGUAUUAAAGGUGAAAUUCGGAAACAAGCCUUAGAUCAUUUUAAUGCUGAAGGUUCUCAGGAUUUUUGCUUUCUUUUAUCAACACGAGCUGGUGGCCUUGGGAUAAAUUUAGCGACUGCAGAUACAGUCAUAAUUUUUGAUUCCGAUUGGAAUCCUCAAAAUGAUUUGCAAGCUCAAGCUAGAGCUCAUAGAAUUGGACAGAAAAAUCAGGUCAAUAUUUAUCGGUUAGUCACAGCGAGAUCGGUGGAGGAAGAUAUUGUAGAAAGAGCCAAAAGAAAGAUGGUUUUAGAUCAUCUAGUUAUCCAGAGGAUGGACACCACUGGUAGAACAGUUCUCAAUAAACGGGAUGCCUCUGGAACAACUUCAAAUAAUCCUUUUAACAAAGAGGACUUAAAUGCGAUAUUAAAGUUUGGUGCCGAGGAAUUAUUUAAGGAUGAUGACGAAAAUGAUGAGGAGCCUGUCUGUGAUAUUGAUGAAAUUUUACAACGAGCGGAGACUCGUGACGAAGGACCAACGCUAGCGGGAGAUGAAUUAUUGUCUGCUUUCAAAGUUGCCAGUUUUGCUUUUGAUGAAGAGAAAGUAGGGAUGGAUGUUAAAAAAGACAAUACAGAAGAGGAGAGCAGAGACUGGGAUGAUAUUAUACCUGAAAAUGUACGCAAUACUAUAGCAGAGCAGGAGAAAAAUAAAGAAAUGGAAGAUUUGUAUUUACCACCGAGAAGAAAAAAUUUGCAACAAAACAAUGCGGAUAAUAAAGGCGGUCGGAAGCGACGCGGACGCGGUUCUGGCGAGGGGGACGUAGACGGUGACGCUGAUGGAGACGGGGAUGCAGAAAGUGACGGCUCUGAAGGCGACGCCAGUGCGGAUGACGACCGACCCCGUAAGCGAGGCCGACCUCCCGCCUCACACAGGGAAAAGAUUAAGGGCUUCACUGACCAAGAGAUACGGCGAUUUGUCAAGAGUUACAAGAAAUUCUCUGCUCCUCUGGCACAUUUGGACAGUAUAGCCUGUGAUGCUGAACUACAAGAGAAACCAUUAGCCGAGCUUAAAAAGCUAGGAGAAAUCUUGGAGGAGCGAUGUAAAGCUGUGUUAAAUGAUGCAACGGAAACGCCUAAUGAACAAACAGAUGGUCGUAAAAAUACUAGAAAAUCAUUCAAACUGGGGGGUGUACCUGUUAAUGCUAAAACUUUGGCUGCUUGUUUGGAUGAGCUUGCACCUUUAAACGACUUCUUGCCAGAGACGAAGGAGGAGAGAUUAAAAUGGCAGUUAGACUUCAGGACUAGGCCAGCUAAUUUCGAUACUGAAUGGGGAGUUGCAGAUGACUCCAAACUGCUUGCAGGUAUUUAUCAAUAUGGUAUGGGAUCCUGGGAAGCAAUAAAAAUGGACUCUUCCUUCGAAAUAGGUGAUAAAAUCUUAACCAACGAAGAUAAAAAACCUCAAGCGAAACAUUUACAGUCACGUGCGGAAUAUUUGUUAAAACUAAUUAAGAAGUUGCUAGAUCAAAAGAAUGGGAAACAAAAACAAAGGAAACCACGAAUGAAGCGAGGGAAUAAGGAACCUGUAACUAAAGACAUUGUAGAAGAUGAUAUGAGUUCUGGUGAUGAUAAGAAAAGCAAAAGUAAAAAUGAUAAGGCUGAGAAGAGUAAAUUGAAAUUAGAGGACAUUUUAACACAUGAUGAAACAUCUAAUGAUAGAAAAGAAAAAGAUAAAAAACGCACAAAAAAAGAAGGCAAGGAUAGGACCAAGGGAGAUAAAGUGAAAGGCCGUAAAAAGCCUGCGGGGCCUAUGCAUUUUACGGCAAAUAAUGAACCUCGGGCAUUGGAAGUUUUAGGAGAUCUUCAUCCAUCAGUAUUUGAAGAGUGCAAGGAAAAAAUGAGGCCUGUCAAAAAAGCUCUCAGAGCACUUGAUAAUCCAGAUCAGACAUUAUCCGAGAAUGAACAAGUUACUAGAACACGUGCUUGUCUUUCUCAAAUAGGGAGUCAAAUCGAUAUAUGUCUUGAGGCAUAUCCAGAUCCUGAAAAGAAGGUGGAAUGGAGAAGUAAUCUUUGGUAUUUUGUGUCAAAAUUUACCAAUUUUGAUGCAAAACAGUUGUAUAAGUUGUACAAAUAUGGCCUUAAAAAAACGGUAAACCCUAAACAAAAGGAUGGAAAACACAAGGAAAAUGUAAAGACAAUUAAUAAAAACAAUCACAAUUCAAAUAAUCAUUUAAAAGCAAAUAAGAGAGAAUUAAAAAAUAAUGAUUUGAAUAAUAAAAAAGAAAAGAAAAUUAAAGUUGAAAAAGAAAAAUCGGACAAAACAAACAACAAAACACCACAUACAUCAGGUAUUAAGAGAAAAUUAGAAGAAGGAGAAUGCGAUCCAGAACCUAAUGAGAACAAACGCCAUGAAAGACAUAAACACAAGCACAAGGAUCACAAGCAUAGAGACAGAAGUUUGAAGCGGGAUGAUUUAAUAUGCAGAGAACGCAGUCGGCCGGAACGCGACCGGGAGCGAGAUCGAGACCGCGAUCGCGAGCGCGAGCGCGACAGAGAACGAGAUCGGGACCGAGAUCGGGACCGGGAUCGGGACCGGGACAGAGACCGGGACCGGGACCGGGAUCGAGACCGAGAGCGAUCGCGGACUCGCCGAGACAGUGGAGGUGUAGGACCACCACGAGUGCGUCCUCCCUACACAAUGCCGCAUCCUAAUACUCUUCAUACUGAGCAUUCGGCGCAUCCUGGUUGGACUCCUCCAGCUUAUCCUGGACCGAGGCAAUAUCGUGGAGAUCGUAAUCCACGACCUCAUGAUAAAAGAAGAUAUGGCAGCGGUGGAUUUGUCGGAAUGGCGGCGCCUUAUGGUUAUUAUGAAGGCGCAACUAUGCCAAGCGGUAUGGGUUUCCCACCGGUUCGCCCCUAUCCAGACGAGUGGCGAGGUUACCCUUCAGAUUAUUCCUAUGAAGACCGAGAAUACGAGCGUGAAGUUUACAGACGAGAUUAUGACAGACGCGCGCCGCCUACUUAGUUUGUUCUUUGAACUUUGUUUUUUUGUAAAUAAUUGUAAUUCUAUUGUAAAUAUUGGGUAGGUGAUCUCUUUCCGUGGACGCUGGUUUGACCCGAAAACUGUAAAGUGUAAGUGACAAAAUAGUGCUGUGGUUUUUAUCUAUGUGAUAAGCGAAGCGCAUCGAUUCAUAUAGAAACGUUGAUUAAUAUUAUUGUGACUGUGUUUUAUAAAUAAGACUGUAUAGCAAAUUUAUUUAUUACCGAAUCUGUCGAUUGAUUGUUAGUGUACAGAUAUUAGACACAAUACCAUUAAUUUUUAUAAUAUUUCGAUUUUGUUGCCGAUAUUCCGGUGUUAAAUAAUAUUUUUUAGUAUUUAAUCUGAUUUUCUAUUUAUUUGAUACCUUUCACAAUUUAUGUAAUUAAUUUGACAGAAAUACUGGUGAUAUAAACAUAGGUCAUAGUAAAUGUACAAAAUUUAGUAUAUUAGUAGGUUUGCAUUCAAAAUCAUGUGCAAUUUUCACUACGAAGUGUAUAUUAGCUUGAUGAGAGGGGCACAUAAAAUUUGUCAUUGCAUUUUAGCAGUGUACAGGAAAGAGUGUUUCAUUUGUGCAUUCGAUUCUCAUUCUACGUGCAUUUCCGAGCCUUGUUCGGGCUCAUACAGUCCUAUUUUUAUACAUUAUGUAAAGUCUUAGUCUCUGUUACAUGCGUUGGAAUGUAAUGAGAUUGUGGAAAGUCUUAAAUGGUAUUAUACCAUGAUAAUAAACAUAUUAAAGUUGGAAAA